CUCCAAGGCACUUUAAGAGCUGCAACAUCAAAUUUGAGCCACAAAGUUUUAGGAUUUUAAUCUUAACUGACCUUCUCAGAUAGCCCAUAACGUGGCCCCCAAACUCCCGAACCCUGGAUCAUGUCUUUCUUAAUGCAGCAGAUGCUGGGGGAUAAGUUAAAGAACAUGAUGGGAGGAGGAGGAGGCGAGGACACGGGGACAGCAGCAGAAGAUGGGAAAGAGACCGCCGCGUCUAAGGGAAUGACCCGAGAGGAGUUCGAGGAAUACCAGAAACAGCUGGUGGAGGAGAAGAUAGAGCGGGAUAAGGAAUUUGCUACAAAGAAAGCAGAAAGAGCCAAUCUGAGAGUACUGCUAAGAGACAAAUACAGGCUUCCACAGAGUGCACAAGACGACGCCACAGUCCAGAUAGCAGGCGACGACUUGGACGUGCCUGAAGAACUGGCCAAGAUGGUGGAGGAGGAUGAAGAGCAAGAGGAAAGCAAUGAUUCCUUCAUGGGUAGACUACAAAAUAUGGAAAUGGACUUUGAUACGAUCAAAGCCAAAGCUCAGAGCACGAUAACAGAAGUCAAGCAGGCAGCAGAAGAAAAGUGUGUCCUGAUGUGAAAUCACACUCGCUGUGAGCUUUUGAAUUGGCAAGUCAUGAAAACCGAGUAGCAAUUUAAAUGCACAUAUUUUAUUGAUUUCAUUAUCUAUUCAAUGAAUUUAUUAUGUCUGAAUGAAGC